UCUCGAUAGGCGGCCCUGACAGCACCACUCAGCGUCCUCCCCAGUUCCAAAACGGGGUUUCCCAUACGUCCCAACAAGGAUUACACGGGAGCCUGUGAUAGGCAUGUACGUACGUACAUACACAUCCAGCCUGGUCGGGAUUGGGGCCGGGCCUGUCUCUCGAUCUCGCAUUCAGCGGGUUCUCUACAGGGAGAUAGGGAGAUCAGUGGCCACUUAUCGACAACAGGAGCGGUCAUGUGCUCGAAAACGACCCAGGAGAAAGGGUUCGGGUUCGCCCUGCUUCCUAACCCUCGUUGCUGUAUGGAUUCUAGGCAAUCAUCUAUCCUCUUCGCUUCCCCGAGCCCAAGUCCUGCUUUACCCCCUUCGCGCGUUUGGGGACUUGGCUGAUUUGACACGACGACAAUCUCCACCGGUAGAGCCGUCUCUGCCGAAGAUGCCGGUGAAUCUUGCGAUCGAUGUCAUCUGCUCGAAAUGGGAUGCAAAUGAGCUGAAACUCGAGUCGCUAAUGAGUGAAGAGCAUGGGGAAAAACAAAAAGGGAACCCCCCCUCCAAAGAAAUCGCACAACCUAAGAUGAUGAAACAAUACGACACGUCGUUCUUAAUUUUUUGAUAAUAUUAUGUUGGUUAAACCAACUUCGGUCGCCCACUGCUAACUCUUGAUCACUUAACGGGUCAUAGGAUAUAGCAGUCUAAAUGGGGAGUGGAUGGAUGUCCCUGCUUGCUCGCCUUACAUUUAAUAUUCUAAAAUUGGCUUCUACCCUCUUUCAGUUUACCGGGUUUCUCCCUUUUGUGUUUCUUCUCUGAAGACAACCGUGGCCUGGGGCGCGGGGGGGGGGGGGUUCGCCGAUGG